AUGCAGCGCAAUUCCGAGUUCACCGGCGCGUCGCAGCGCUUCCAGAAGAGCUCGUCCUGGAAGGGGCGAAGCAACAGCCAUGACAUGACGACGCAGUCGGGCGCGGCCGCCAGCGCGGGCGAGUUUGUCUCAUCCAAGACGGGCUACCUCACAAAGCGGUCGAUCGGCUCCAUUGACGCCUUGGCCAACUGGCGAGAGCGCUUCUUCGUGCUCGCCGAAGCCAAGCUGUGCUACUACAAGGUCGGCGGCGGCUUCUUCUCGAAGAAGAAGGAGGAGGAGCAGGACCUUGCGCACUUUAAGGGCCAGCUCGAGCUCUCCCCCGACACGGUCGUGAAGAAGUCCAACAUUGACAACAAGGCCAACUGCUUUGAGAUCAACACGGGCGACAAGCGCAUGUUUGCCCAGGCCAACACGGCCAAGGAGUGCGAGGACUGGAUCAAGAUGAUCCGCGCGCACGUGACGGCGCUGCAGCAGCAGCGUUUCCGCAAGAGCGGCAGCAGCGACGAGUCCAAGCCGACGCCCGCGCAGUUUGAGGCGUCGGUGUUUGCGUCGUCGGCCGCCACAAUGGGCGGCGCCAAAGCCAACGACCAGGACUACACGCGCCCGAGCUUGCUCGAGAACCACGACAUUGUGCGCGGCGCCGAAGCCUCGACGGACCCGAAGGACGUUGUCAUCAAGCAGCUCCUCGAAGAGAACCGGCAGCUGCGCGAGCAACUCAUGCUCAAGGAUCAGAUCAUCCACGAACUCGAGACGAGCAACGGCCAGGCGACGCUGCAGCAAGCCCGCGACACGCUCGUCGGCAGCUCGGGUCUCGGGUCCAACCGCAGUUUGCCGCGUGUCGGCUCGAUUGUCGGCGCACCCAAGCAGAUGCUGGACCUUCGCGACCUGCGCAAAAAGCAAAUCCAGCUGUUUGACGCGGCCGAAGUCGGCAACUUCCACCUGAUCUCGACCUUGCUGCGGGACAACGUCAUUGACAUCAACGGCGUCGGCAUCAACCAGUGCACCGCACUGCACCUCGCCGCGCGCAACAACCACGCCAAGGCCGUCGCCGAGCUCCCGCCGGGCCGCGUCGACCCAAACGACGUGAGCAACAAGACGGAGAUGCACGUCACGUUCAAGAACAAGUACCACGAGAGCCUCGCGCUCGGGCCGCGCGACUUUGAGUUCGUCAAGGUGCUCGGGCGCGGCGCGUUUGCGAAGGUCUACCUCGUGCGCGGCAAGGGCGCGAAUAAGGACAAGUGGUUUGCGCUCAAGGCGUACAACAAGCAGGCGAUCGUGCAGAAGAACCAGGCGCAGUACAUCCACACGGAGAAGGCGGCGCUGCAGGCGUGCUCGGACCACCCGUACAUCGUGAGCCUCUACUAUGCGUUCCAGUCGCAAGAUCGACUCUUCCUCGUCAUGGAGUACUGCGGCGGCGGCGACCUCCUCUCGACGCUCACGCGCCGCAAGGCGUUUACGGAGCCCGAAGCCGCCUUUUACAUUGGCCAAAUCGUGCUUGCGCUCUCGCACUUGCACUCGAAGGGCAUCGUCUUCCGCGACCUCAAGCCCGAGAACGUGGUCUUGGACCUCGACGGCAAUGCGCUCCUGACGGACUUUGGCAUUUCGAAGGAAGGCGUCGCGGACCACUCGUCCGCCAACACGUUUUGCGGGUCGCCCAUGUACCUCGCGCCCGAGAUGCUCAGCCGGUCGGGCCACGGCUUUGCGCUCGACUGGUACUCGGUCGGUGCGCUCCUCUUUGAGCUCCUCACGGGCCUCCCGCCGUUCUACACGAACGACAAGAAGCAGCUCUUCCACAACAUCCUCCGCGGCAACCUCACGAUCCCCGAGUACAUUUCGCCGCAGGCGCGCGACCUCAUCCAGCGCCUUUUGUGGAAGGACCCGAACCAGCGCCUCGGGUCGGGCCCGCGCGGCGACAAGGAGAUCAUGGACCACCCGUUCUUUGCUCCGAUCGACUGGAACAAGCUGUACCGCAAGGAGAUCCCACCCCCGUUCAAGCCCAAGAUUGACGCGGGGAACGCGGUGCCCGACACGUCCAACUUUCCCAACUCGUUUACGGAACAAGAAAUCACGGAGAUUGAGCGAGGGCUCGCGCCACCGCCAUCCGGCGCCGGCACGCUCCAGCGGUCGGCCUCGAAGGAGCAGAAGGAGUCGAAGCUCUUUAAAGACUUUGACUUCACGCCCGAAGUCAAGCUCGACAAUGAGGCCGCGCUCUUUGAGGCGCAGCUGCUGCUGCACCAAAACAGCAUGAAGAACCAGAAGCCGCCGCCGCUCGUCGAGAGCGACGAGUACAGCAUCUAA